AUGGCUCGAUUGAACGCUAUAAAGCUCGCUGUCUCAAAAAGUUGGACUCUGCAUCAGCUGGAUGUCCACAACGCCUUCCUGAAUGGCCAUUUAGCCGAGACGGUAUACAUGAAACAACCUCCCGGAUAUGAAGAUCCAACACAUCCCGAUCACGUCUGUCUUUUGCAGCGGUCUCUAUAUGGGCUCAAACAAGCCCCAAGAGCCUGGUUCAAGAGACUACACGAUUUUUUGCUAACUGCAAGUUUCGCGUCAUCCAAGACUGAUGUCUCAUUAUUCUACCACUCGGCGGGUGCUUCUAAAGUCUUUCUACUCGUCUAUGUGGAUGACAUCAUCAUGAUGGGAAGUGACGCCGCUUUAGUUGAGUCCUUACUACGGCGUCUUGCAUCGGCAUUCAAGAUUAGGGAUCUUGGCACUCCUGGGUUCUUCUUGGGCAUCGAGACAGUCUCGACUAGUGGCGGGAUGAUUUUGUCACAGCAUAGGUACAUGGUGGAUUUACUUCAUCGUUCUGGGAUGACGGAUUGCAAACCACUUACUACCCCGGCAUCUAUUACUCAAGCCGUCACACCAUCCGAGCAGCCUUUUGAAAACCCUACUCAGUAUCGGCGGAAUGUUGGCGCCCUGCAGUACUUGACUAUCACUCGACCGGAUCUCGCAUAUGCUGUCAACCGCCUAUGUCAGUUCAUGCACUCUCCUACUGACGACCACUGGGCAAUGGUGAAACGUGUCUUACGAUAUAACAAAGGCACUCUACAUUACGGGCUCCGAUUCUCUCCUUCCUCUUCCAGUGACAUCCACGCCUACUCCGACUCUGACUGGGCUGGGUGUCCGGUCGACAGGAAAAGCACCAGUGGCUAUGCCGUCUUUCUCGGAAGUAAUCUUGUUUCCUGGCUCUCCCGGAAACAGCGCACCGUAGCUCGCUCUUCCACUGAGGCGGAGUAUAAAGCCCUAGCUGACGUUGCUGCUGAAGUCACCUGGAUGAUGGAGCCCUACACCCCAACAGCUGAGAUGGAGCACAUGAAGGAAAAUGGGUUUUUAAUUUUGAAGGUGAUAUUUCCAAAUUUGUAG